GAACUCAUACUCUCAUCUCAACAUAUACAGAUUUUCUUCAUAUAUAUUACCAAAUAUAUUAUAAUAUAAAUCUUGAACAGAAAAGAUGUCGGCUGAUCUAUGCGGCAAACUAGAGAUUGAUGUAGAGUCCAAGACGUCUCCUCCAAAGUUUUAUGAAUUGUUGAAACAUAGACCUCACCACUUUCCGGGUGCUUCUAAGGAUUUAAUUCAGAGUUGUGAUCUACAUGAAGGCGAAUGGGGGAAAGAGGGUUCUGUCUUACACUGGAAUUACUUUCAUGAGGGGAAACCUAAGGUGGCAAAAGAAGUAGUGGAAGACAUAGACGACGACAAAAAAGCAAUUACUUACAGAGUAAUUGAAGGUGAUCUUAUGGAACAUUACAAGAGCUUCAAAUUCGUGAUUCAAGUAAUUCCAAAAACAGAUGGUGAAGGUAGCAUUGUUCAUUGGACAAUUCACUACGAGAAACUCCAUCACGAAAUCAUAGACCCGCAUACCAUGAUUGAGUUUGUCCAUGAACUCACAAAGUAUCUUGACACUCAUCUCCACGAGGCAUAAUAAUAUAUAUAUUGCCAAAUUAAAGUACUCUCGCUCAUGUAUUAUAUAUUAUUAUAUAUAAUAUAUCAAUCGAUAUAAGUAAUAUAUAUUAUUAUUAUAUCGACUAAUAAAUAAAAUGUUUACGAGAGUACUAUAAAUUACAGUAAGUGUGGUUUUCUUUGUUUGUGAGAUUAUUAUCAUAAUGGAAUCAAGUUUCGUUGGUUUGAGUA